AUGCACCGCUCUCUUUCUUUCCCUUUUUUUAUCUUAGGCUGCUCUUUUCCCUUUCCCUCUCUCUCUCUCUCAUCCAAAUCACCGCAUAGGCAGUUGAGACGAGCCUUUAAAAAGGUCGAUACCUUCUCCCACGUUAACGUGGCCUACGUGACGAUGCUAGCUUGCUCUUUGUGCAGCCGUCAGAGUUGUACCUUUGUGUGGUACAAGGCAUUCGCGGAGCGGUUUUCUGCUGACUCACAGAAGGGCGUCGUCCGCAUCGUCGAGCGUGUGUGUGCUGACAACACGAGCGAAUGGCACGACCCCCCAACGAUGGCACAUAAGCCUUUUCACUCCAGUUCCGCCGACGCAACAACUGAACAUCAAGAGCGUGCGUGUGCUUUGUCUGUCGCCGCCAUCACCUCCUCACCGCCGCUUCUACCUUGCAACUGCACAGGGAAAGUGUUCCAGUUUUCCGCCAAGGACGUGUAUAUCUUGUCCGAUGCACAAUCGCCAUUCACGAAAGGCGAGGCAGAUGAGGAGAGGGAGCAGAAGAUCACGUCUCUUUAUCCGUGCUACAUAGCUGGCGGAUGUCCGUUAGUGGUCCAAGUGCAGACGGUGCACACUGGCACCACACAUUGCGAAGAAGCCGUACGACUUUUCGUGCGUGCUUCGCUGGGCGCUGCUGAGGCGGUCAACCGGCACUUCGUCUAUUUUUAUUCUUUACCAAAGACACGUUUUGAUCAAUGGCAGCGACAUUCGACCGUGUUCGACGAGAGGAUAAAGCGAUGCAGGCGACGGCCGUCGCUUGUAAGGGCAGAUCGUUUCACUGACGUGAGUGAGGUGGACUGCGACGUACUCGAAAUGAUUGAUCUACCACUGUCGAAACUCGUCACCAGGGACGCUUAUUGUCGCCAUGGAGCCCCUAGUGGAGGCAGCGGCGGUGCCUGCGGUGCAGAGCCAUCGGUUCACAAUGUAGAGGACGUAGAUGCGGUUCCUAUGUAG